UAAAAUUCCAAAACUAUAUAUAUAAGGAAUCAGACAUUAUCCAUCAAAUUCUCACUUAAUAUAUUAUUAUUCUUGACUAAAACUAAAUUGAUCCGUUAUUGUUCUGGCACGAUGAUGAUAUUUGGAAGGAAUCGAUACAUUCUGAAACUAACCAGAGAAACCGCUUCAAUUCGUUCAUUUUCUACGUGGUCCAGGACCUCUAUAGCAUCUAAAUAAUCGAUUAAUACCCUCCUAUUUCAAGAGUAAAUCGCGAAACUCGAUCCUAAACCAUAAGAGAGACAUUCGUAAAUAUAAGUUUGGAUUUGUUCAAACUUUCGAUAAUCAAUGCAUUUAUGAUUAUGAUAAAUAAAAAAUGUAUAGUCGCAUCUUAUCUGUGUUGUAAACGUUGUUAUUGUUUAGCGUCGCCAUGGCAACCGCAUCCCUGGCGCUAUUGGUCAUUUCAGUUCCUGCGACUGCUUGAUGGGAAGCAGCAACCGAUUCUCUUUAUCACACCCCCAACCGUACGGAGGUCGUGCGGAUCAUGACCCAGUUCAUCAGUCAUUUACCAGUCGAUGUGGCUGUAGCAUCGAGACCUGUGAGGCCACAAUAUAUUGAUAUCAGAGAACAUUCUAGGCAGACUGAUGGAAAUGCAAGCUUUCUUCGUGCUGCCAGAGCAGGAAAUUUGGAAAAAGUAUUGGAAUACUUGAAAGGCAGUAUUGAUAUUAAUACUAGUAAUGCAAAUGGAUUAAAUGCUCUCCAUUUGGCAUCUAAAGAAGGCCAUGUUACUGUGCUUAAUGAAUUACUGAAACGAGGUGCAAAUGUAAAUGCAGCAACGAAGAAAGGAAAUACUUCAUUGCAUAUUGCGUCAUUAGCUGGACAAGAAGAAAUAGUAAAAAUACUUGUACGUAAUGGAGCAAAUGUCAAUGUGCAAUCUCAGAAUGGCUUCACACCUCUUUACAUGGCAGCUCAAGAGAAUCAUGAUAAAGUAGUACGUUAUUUAUUGGCAAAUGGAGCUAAUCAAAGCCUUGCUACUGAGGAUGGGUUUACACCAUUGGCAGUUGCUCUUCAACAAGGCCAUGAUAAAGUAGUUGCAGUGUUAUUAGAAAAUGAUACUAAAGGAAGAGUGCGUUUACCAGCUCUACAUAUAGCAGCUAAAAAAGAUGAUUGUAAAGCUGCUGCUCUACUGCUACAAAAUGAUCAUGAUCCUGAUGUCACAUCAAAAAGUGGAUUUACCCCUUUACAUAUUGCUGCACAUUACGGCAAUGAAAACAUUGCUCAUUUACUACUAGAAAAAUCAGCAGAUGUAAAUUUUGCUGCAAAGCAUCAAAUUACACCUCUCCAUGUUGCAUCUAAAUGGGGAAAGACAAACAUGGUUACAUUAUUAAUAGAGAAUAAUGGAAAAAUUGAUGCUUCUACUAGAGAUGGAUUGACACCUUUGCAUUGUGCAGCUCGUAGUGGCCAUGAUCAAGUGGUUGAUUUACUAUUGGAAAAGGGAGCUCCUAUAACAGCAAAAACUAAGAAUGGUUUGGCACCACUCCAUAUGGCUGCUCAAGGAGACCAUGUUGAUAGUGCCCGGAUACUGCUGUAUCACAAAGCUCCAGUUGAUGAUGUUACUGUGGAUUAUCUAACAGCUUUGCAUGUGGCAGCACACUGUGGCCAUGUAAGAGUAGCAAAACUCUUAUUAGAUCGUAAAGCUGAUCCCAAUGCCCGUGCAUUAAAUGGUUUCACUCCAUUACAUAUUGCUUGCAAAAAAAAUCGCAUUAAAGUAGUGGAGCUGCUAUUGAAGCAUGGUGCUUCAAUAGAAGCUACUACUGAGUCAGGACUGACACCAUUACAUGUGGCUUCAUUCAUGGGAUGUAUGAAUAUAGUAAUAUUUUUGAUUCAACAUGGUGCUAAUCCAGAUGUUCCAACAGUUAGAGGAAAAACACCUUUGCACUUAGCAGCUCGUGCUAAUCAAGCUGAUAUCAUACGUAUUCUUUUACGUAAUGGAGCACAUGUGGAUGCUUGUGCUAGGGAGCAACAAACUCCAUUACAUUUUGCUGCUUGUCUUGGUAAUGUUGAUAUAGGUGGAUUAUUAUUACAACAUGAAGCUGCAGUUUAUGCACCAACAAAAGAUAUGUAUACAGCAUUGAAUAUUGCUGCUAAGGAAGGACAAGAAAUAGUUGUUUCUGUUUUAUUAGAACAUGGAGCUGCAGUUGAUGCAACAACAAAAGAUAUGUAUACAGCUUUGCAUAUUGCUGCUAAGGAAGGACAAGAAGAAGUUGCUUCUGUUUUAUUAGAUCAUGGUGCUUCUUUGACAGCUACUAAUAAGAAUGGAGUUACACCUUUACAUGUUGCUGCUCAUUAUGAUCAUGUAAAUGUUGCCUUGCUACUUUUGGAUAAAGGAGCAUCUCCACAUGCUACAGCUAAAAAUGGAUACACACCUUUGCAUAUUGCUGCUAAAAAGAAUCAAAUGGACAUAGCCACUACUCUUCUGGAAUAUGGAGCAAAACCAAAUGCAGAGUCAAAAGCUGGUUUUACACCUUUGCAUUUGGCUGCUCAAGAAGGUCAUACAGAUAUGACUACACUUCUCAUAGAACAUCAUGCAGAUGUAAAUUCUUCAGCUAAGAAUGGCUUAACACCACUGCAUCUCUGUGCUCAAGAAGAUAGGGUGAAUGUUGCUGCCAUUCUUGUUAAGAACGGAGCUGAAAUAGGACCUCAGACAAAAGCAGGGUAUACUCCAUUACAUGUUGCUUGUCAUUUUGGACAAAUAAACAUGGUUCGCUUUCUUCUACAACAUGGUGCAGAUGUAAAUGCCAUUACUUCACAUGGAUAUACACCACUUCAUCAGGCUGCCCAACAAGGACAUACUUUAAUUAUUAACCUACUGCUGGAAAAUAAUGCUUCUCCAAAUCACACAACAAAUCAAGGUCAAACUGCAUUAUCUAUUGCUCAGAGAUUGGGAUAUAUAUCUGUUGUAGAAACACUCAAAGUGGUAACAGAAACUAUAGUGACUACCACCACUACUACUGUAACUGAAGAAAAAUAUAAAGUUGUUGCACCAGAAAUUAUGCAAGAAACUUUUAUGAGUGAUUCAGAAGAUGAAGGAGGUGACGAUUUUGAAGAUUCUGCUCUGUUUGGAAAACCAACUCAUGCCACCCAUGUGUAUCUUCCUUAUUAUGAGGGUCAAAAGAUGCAGAUGAGUGAUGAUGCUAAUCUUGGUGAUCAGACCUUCCAUUAUUUGACUGUUGAUGAAAUUCAGUCAUUGGGAGAUGAUUCACUCCCAAUUGAUGUCACAAGAGAUGAAAAAGGAAUUGAUUCAAUGAUUAUAGGGAAAGAUUCUAAAGCUCCACUAAUAGUUGAAGAAGAUCAAAUUUCUCCUGCACAUGUAGCACAUUUAGAAACUGUAUUUGCAGGUUCAUAUGUUCCAGAUAAUGUUGAUAUUGCUAAGGCACCAGUCCAUGCUGGGAAGUUAAAGUGGAAGACUUUCCUAGUUAGUUUCAUGGUUGAUGCAAGAGGAGGGGCUAUGAGAGGUUGCAGACAUUCAGGUGUACGAGUGAUUAUCCCUCCAAGAAAAGCUCCUAUGCCAAUGCGUAUUACUUGUCGUUACUUAAGAAGAGAAAAAUUGGCACAUCCUCCACCUCUGAUGGAAGGUGAAGCAUGUGCUUCUCGUAUUUUGGAAGUUGGUCCAGCUAGUGCAAAAUUUUUAGGACCAGUUAUAAUAGAGAUUCCACAUUUUGCCUCACUAAGAGGAAGAGAAAGAGAAAUAACUAUUUUACGAAGUGACAAUGGAGAGACUUGGAGAGAGCAUACACUGGAAGCUACUGAAGAUGCUGUUCAUGAUGUUCUUAAUGAAAGUUUUGAAGGAGAAGAACUGAGUGCAUUAGAAGAUUUAAACACUAAUCGCAUUACCCGAAUAUUAACAACGGACUUUCCGCAAUAUUUUGCUAUCAUCACACGUAUCCGUCAAGAAGUACAUGCAAUUGGUCCAGAAGGUGGCAUGGUGAGCUCGACGGUUGUACCUCAGGUACAAGCAAUAUUCCCAGAAGGUGCUUUGACUAAGAAGAUCAAAGUUGGACUCCAGGCUCAACCCAUACCACCUGAACUUGUUGCCAAACUUUUGGGUAAUCGUGUGGCAGUCAGUCCUAUAGUAACAGUAGAGCCAAGAAGGCGAAAGUUUCAUAAACCUAUCACACUCACCAUUCCUGUACCACAGGCUGCUACCAAAGGCAUGAUCAACCAAUACAGUGGUGAUGCACCAACUCUGAGGUUGUUAUGCAGCAUAACAGGUAGUACCAAGUCAGGUUUGUCUCCCCUUCUCUCUGCUUUGCUCUUUUUCUCUUCUGAGCACCCUUGAUUUUUCUUUGCUGGACAGUACUCUAUUUAAAACAAAUCAAAAAAUAUCCCAUUUACUAUAAUU